AUGGCUGGACGAAAUCCAAAAGGGUCAGCUUCUGAAUCUGAAUCCAAUACUCGAAACUCUCAUGGCGGCGGUCUGACCGGCCAAUCAACAUCUACAGCAGGGGGAGGAAACACAGGGUCUGGAUCGGGGAAUUCAAAGACUUCACAAAAGAUGAAAAACCAAUUAGCACUACAGCAACAACAGAAUUACCUUCAAAGACAUAUCAACUCCAAUGGUCCCAAGGAUAAGCCACGGAUUGAUCCCUUGGAUUUUGAAACCAUGGAUGACUCUAUCCUACUCAAGUAUAGUGAGAGAUAUGGCUUUAAUUUACCGCGUCCCGAAUCCCUUAAUUCAGAUAUCUUGAAUUCUGAGAUUGGGAAAAAGACAUUUACCAAACGUAAACAGUUGAAACAGAGGGCACAUAUUGCACAAAUACUAGCAUCAGCUCAGGAAUCCUCAAACAAAAAUGUCAAUGGAGGUGUAGAUGAAGAAGAACAAAUGAAUCAAGGCUCACCAGAGGAACAACAGGCAAAUCGUAAUAGACUAUUGCUUGAACAAGGAGGAAGAAUCAGCAAGAAGGAAUUUGCCAAUCAUGUGCGCAAUCAUUUCUUGAGCUUGACUGCAAAAGACAAUGAUAUCAUCACUGGGUUUUUGUAUAAGGUGAAACACCAAGAUAAAGAAUUUAAGCUAACCUUUCAGUAA